AUGGAGGUGGAAGAAGGUACGAGAUCGAGAAAACAAGUUCUGAAACCUAUUAAGACGAAAGUAAGAUACGAUGGGCAGUACUGCUGGGACGAUAAUAAGAAGAUAUUAUUAGAGGAGCCAGUGAGUCCAGCAGGGCGUCUUUUCAAUGAACCAAACUUUAAUGUCCAUAUCUUAGCCAUCAUGGGCAGUAAGAUCAAGAUUGAUUUGGAGUAUGCCAAACAAAAGUAUGUCCAAACUCUGCUCAAGCACCCCCGUUUCUCUAGUUUGCAGGUUGUGGAUGAGAAGGAUGGAGGAAAGAUGAAGUGGGUUAGAACAGAAGUGGACCUAGAGAGGCACGUAAUCGUACCCAAAAUCGAGCCAAACAUGGAGAUAAGCCCAGACAAGUUCCUGGAAAAUUACAUCUACGAGCUCACAAAAACCAACCUCCUGGUGGACAGGUCGAAACCACUGUGGGACGUCCACAUCCUAAACGUGAAGACAAACGACGCAGAAGGAGUUGUCGUUUUCAGGAUCCACCACUCGCUGGGCGACGGCAUAUCUCUGAUGUCCCUUCUCCUGGCUUGCACCCGCCAAAUCGACAAUCCAGAGGCCUUACCGACUCUUCCCACCAAGAAGCGUAAUAAUAAAGAGAUUAUUAGGAGUACUAGUACUUUUAAUACUACUUGUUGUAAUUAUUACUGGUUCCUAAUAAUAAUAAUCCAAGGGCUUUGGUGGGUGGUCCAGUUGUUUUGGAACACUGCCGUUGAUGUUUUCUUGUUCCUGGCCACUGCUUUGUUCUUGAAAGACACUCACACACCCCUAAGAGGCCCUCCGGGCUCUGAGCAUAAUCCUCGCCGAAUCGUUUUUCGGAUCGUUAGCUUUGAUGAUAUUAAGUUGGUCAAGAAUGCAAUGAACACGACUGUAAAUGAUGUUGCCGUAGGAAUUACCCAAGCAGGCCUAUCUCGCUAUUAUGGAUAUGGAAAUGAGAUAGUAGAACUUCGGUUUAAUUUGGAGUUGGCAUUAACUCGAAGAGUGCAUCCCGAUACAAUUGAUAUUGUAUCAAUUGGUGCUUUCAUUGAGAGCAUCUCAUUGAGAGAAUUUCAUUGA